AGUGCGAGUUUGGGAUUGAGUCCUUCGCUCAGACGAACAAUGUUGCACCAAGUUAAGCUGAUGUUGUGUUUUCUGCUUCUACAGCAGCACACAAUUCCCAAUUUCAUGGGACUAAUGAACGUUGUAGAAGGACACGUUACCCCUAAACCAAUCAUUAAAAACGAUGGUACUUAUAUAAACCCGGAGCUGGGGAAGUACCAUGCCAGGUUGAGGACUCUCAGUCGGAGUUGCCGGGUCAUCAGAGAAAAAUUUAAUGCUACAAAAGAUGGCAUUUAUUACCUGGUAACAGAAAACGGUGUGACGUACCAGGCGUAUUGUGACAUGACCACUCUCGGAGGGGGUUGGACGCUGGUAGCGAGUGUGCACGAGAACAAUCUGAACGGGAACUGCACCACAGGCGAUAAUUGGUCGAGUCAGCAGGGUAAUGAUCCCAACAGGCCUGAUGGUGAUGGGAACUGGGCUAACACUGCUGUAUUUGGUACUGCAGAGAGUGCUACCAGUGAGGACUACAAGAACCCUGGAUACUACGACAUAACUGGGGACAACAUUGCAAUGUGGCAUGUUCCUAAUGAUGUUCAGCUACAGAACUGGACCAGCAGUGCUAUUUUACGCUACCACACUGAUAGCAAAUUGCUUAGCCAACACGGUGGAAACCUCUACCAUUUAUUUAAGAAAUAUCCAGUCAGGUUUGGAACAGGAGAGUGUAAAAAGGAUUCUGGACCUGUCAGCCAUGUGGCGUAUGAUACUGGUGAUGAGAACACAACUAAAAACCUGUUUAAGCCAUUUGUACGAGAAGAUGAGUUAUACCCUGACCACAUCACGUUACGGAUGUUUAAUGGGAGGAAAGCAGCAAUGGCUAUCUGCCUUUGGGUCAAACCGAAUACAUGCCCUGCUGAAUCCUACUGUAUUGGUGGAGGAGGAUACUUCCCAAGUGAAUCUACUCACUGGUGUGGAGAUAUUACUGCAAGGUCCUGGAAGACGGAUGAUUCCCACAGCACGCCAGUAACUAAGACGUCCGUACUGAUCUUCUAUCGAUAAAAGUUUUCUACAUUUCAAAUUCAAUUUGAUGUGAAAUUUUAUGUUUGGUUUAGUCUCUGCAAACAUUAACUGAAUAAAUAGUUUGUUCAAAGCAA